AUGCACCGAUCAGGGAGUGUGGACAAGCAGUUGCGCGAUCUCAUAGCUGAGAAUGGAGAGCUGAAGAAAUUCCAUGAACAGAUGAAGAGGGAGUUGCGGAGCAUUCUAAGCAGGCAUGAUCUUGCAAAUAGCCGUGUCUCAGUGGAGGUGAGAGAUGCCAUUUUACAUAUCCCAUGUUCCAUGUAAUUUAUUCUUAGAACUUGGUAGAACAAGUCUCUGUGUUUUAAUAGGACUCUGUUGUGGUUGGUAAGCGGGCUGGGGCCGGGCGUGGAAGGUCAUCCCGUAUGGUCGACCAAGGUUUCACUGGAAGCCUUAAGAAGCAGUGGACCAGCUUGAAGCAGCUGUUAGAAUCUCUGGAAGUUCAAGGUGAGACGGGCCCAGCCAUGUUCAGAGACCCUGUAAUCUUCAGUGUUCUAUAAAAAAAAAAAACAAUCACCAUGGAGACCAUAGAAUGUGCCCAUAUUGCUCACCACUGCUUUAAAAGUUGAAAAGUUUAGUAUUGUCCACUGCUGCCACCUACUGGAAAACUUAGUCUAGUUACCUUUUCUCAUAUAGCCAGCAGCAACUGCUAGCCACCAGGGAUAGAGGAUAGAUUCCAGCUCUCCCAGAGCAAGGUAGGGUGGCUGGGUCGACCUCUUAAGCACUGAAUGUAUGAAUGUAAAUUUUUGUGUAUGUUUGGUCAGUGAUUGUGUGUGUGUAGUGGGGGGAGAUCUGUGUGUAUGUCUGUGAUUGUGUUUGUAUAUCUGUGAUUGUGUGGGGUUUUGAUCCAAUGUGUAUAGGUUUGCAAUUGUAAACGGUGUGUAUAGGUCUGUGAUUGUGCAUGUAAGUGUGCGUGUUUAUUUGUGACUGUGUGUGGGUCUGUGAAUGUAUGUCUGUAUCUAAUUUUGUGUAUCUGUGACUUUGUGUGUGUGAUUGUGUGUGCAUUGGUAUAUACAUGUCUAUGGGUUUAGUAGAUAGCUCCCUAAUUUGAUAUCCUUAAAUAUUGCAAUCCCACAUAAGGAAAACAAAUAAGGUAGAUAUCUACUAAUCAAAUGUAAAAAAAAAAAAAAAGGCUUUUGAAGUUUUCUUAUAUAAAUUAGAUUUUUAUAUACGGCCCAAGACGCAUAAUAUAAUUCCUCUCAAUGCGGCCCAGGGAAGCCAAAAGGUUGGACACCUAUGUUGUAGAUGAUGCCUUUUAGAGCAGCAGUUCCCAACAUUUGUGGACUAAGGCACACUUAAAGGACUUCAUGAAAAUUAUGUUGUUAUGGUGCCAGCACUGGCACAUCUAUAGGUGGUAAAAAGUUUAAAUUAAUGGUUUAAUCCCAAAGUCUGUGCUCCGGCGCUGUUCCACUCUACCUCCCUGUUCUUCCAGUUUCUGAAAUUCAAGAUAACUGAAGGUUCAGGCAGGGGCUCCACUGAUUGACCCAGAGCGUCAGCUGACUGCUUUAGUUUGCUCCCCAGCCCAGUGCUGCCUGAUCCUUCUGUUAUGUGGAAGGACUAGGGGGCAGAGCGAUCUGGUGCUGGAGCACAAAUGAACCGUGUAAUGGACCGUUUUGCACACAAGGGGGUAAAAAUCGUUUAGGCGAUUGUCCCCCUUUCCAGAGAUGCAGGCACAGCUAUUGUAGAACACCAAACUCUCGAACUGCAAAUAAGGGAAUGCUCCAAACUCCCGAACGGCAUACAAUAUAGCACUCCAAACACACGAACUGGAACCAUACGAAUCACUGCUAGCAGACGAAUAGGAAAAGCAUCCAAGUGGCUUACACUCCUAGCAAUUAGUCUCUAUCAGCAUUCAGUAAAUCCCCCCAAAGACGAGACAAGGCUCCGUGUUGAGGGUCAAGCAGUGGUCUGUUUUAAUGAGGGCUACCUGCCCAGUAUUUAUGCAGGUCUCCCACCUGGUGGACACUCCCCUAGGGGACCAAAUGGGAGACUGUGACAAAAGACAGACAAUCAGCCAAACAGGACACACAGUCACAUUAUAUUCCCACAAUGCAUCCUGGCUUCCUCCCCUCUGCCUUGGAGAUAAUUGAGAAGUAAUUCAAUUAUCUCCCAAACAAAGGCAAAUCGCCAUUAUGCACGUGGGGAUACUAAAACAUGAAUUACUAUUAAAAUACACUAUGUGAGACACAUUACAAUAAAACUAUACAUUUAACAUGUCCCCAGAUAGCUCAGGUCUGAGCGCACAUUAUUAAGCGAAUGGCGCUCAGACCACACGAAAUACAGUGUAAUCGCCAUGGAGCCAAAGUCUUUACACAGUCAGUUCUCAUGCGAAUGGGCUCCAUGGGAUUCCUAUCUGGGGUAUAACAUAGUCAAGUCAAACUACCGAACACCGGGCCGUUCGUGCACUUUCACCGAACAAGAAAGGAGGUCGGCGGCUUCAGCAGUGUUCGUGCAAAACUGUGUCCGUUUUUAGUUCCAUGUUUAAAAUGGCCGCGACCUCGUGUUCGUGAUACGAAUGGCGGCCACCCAGCAUUCGUCAAUUAAGCUGCGGUUAACCGCAGCUUCAGGGAGGCUAAUUGCUGGCACACUCCAGCUCCCAGGUGGUCUAGUCAUUCGUGUGGUUGUUUGGUAGAUUGAAUCUACCGAACACCAGGCAGAAAAGCACGAAUAAGUCUUUUCUGCAGGGAAAAAGAUGUCUUUUAACAUGGGGCCAUAGUCCAAAGGCAGCAGGCGAGCAACCAGGCUUCUCCAAUGCAAUGUGGCGAGAUUGCUCUAGUCACAAACCGUUCAUGAAUGGUUUAGUCACUAAAGGUGCGCAAGAGCCAGGUACCAGAAUGUCUUCAUGUUGAUGAUGUUAUGAUGCCCAAACUAGUCCUUUAAAUGAGAGAAACUUUCAAGGCAACUUCAUUUUAGCCUUUUUGCUUUAACAGGGGAAAGCCAUUGUGUGCCAUUAAUGUUUAUGUAAGUAAACUUGCUAGCUAUCCAUGAGGUUUAAGAUCUUUGUGUGUAACAAGGUGUAAUUUUAGAAUAACUGCAAGAAUUAAUCUUCUUUAUUUUUUUCAAUGAACUAACUAUGUGCCACGUUAGUUCAGUGAGUUUGUCCUUAUUGGAUUUCUAAAAUGUUAUUUUUUUUUACGUAUUGCCAGAUUUGAGAUAAAAAUUUUUUUUUUUUAACUCUAACAAUUGGUAGCCACAUCACUACACCUUCCAUUUUAUCUCCCCAGCAUCACAGGCGAACGUGACCCAUGUGAUUAGUGUGACGGAUCAUGAGAAGGAACUGACUAGCAUGAGGAAGGAAAUGGAGGAACUUCGGAAAGAAUUGGAGAAGAGCAGAGAACUGAUCAGUCAACAGCAGGAACUAUUGCAGGUAUGGUGACUGGACCGGCCCGCUGUGAGGAAUAUGCAAUGCGUGAAAGAUUGGACGGGGAACCUGCAGUUGGUGAAUGUUGACACACCAGGGGAUAAGGCUUAAUACAGAGUAUUAUGCUUGGCUCAAAAUGAUCAAUCUGAUUGGAAUGAUUUGGCAUUCUUAGCAUCGUAGUAAAUAUUUUUCAAAAUUGCUGGAGCGCUGAUGGUUCACGAUGACUCCAACUCAAUAACUAACUGUGCCAAAUGUAUGUGUGGUCUAUUGUUUAACAGUGCAUCCAUAGAAUGUAAAUGAGAUCCUUUUGGGUGUUCAACCACAAAGAUACCAAAUAAGGAUCCAUUCACUGCUGUACUACGAGAACAAGACUAAAUUCAAGGAAUAUAAAUGGAUAGGACAAAAGGCAUAGACCAUCUUUUUAGGAAAAAUAUAUAUAUUUUUUCUCUUUCUCCAAUAGAUAAUCGUAAAGCUGUAAGAAUAAAAACAAUGACCUGUCUGAUGCAAAAAUGACAUAAUACUGAUUACAAUGGGUGUCUUAGGGGAAUAUAAGCACCGCAAUGCCAGUGAAGGAAAAGGGAAAGUGUGGUAGGGUUAGUGGAACGGAUAAAUAAAGGUGGCUCUGUUGCAAAAUCUAGACUUUUUCCAAGUAUCCAUUUGAUGCACAGCACUGGUUUAUGAAUGUAUGGCUCUCCCUUGGCAUAUUGUUUGUUUAUAUGACAUUGUAAAGCGUUUGACCAAAUCAUAAAUGAGGGUGUGUGAUAACACGUUUUAAGUUCUGAAGCCAUUGAGGGUUCAAGUGGUAAAUGGACACGAGAGGGUCAACAUUUUAUAUUUAAAAAGUAUAAUUGUGGGUGUUUGGGUGGGUGGGGAGAUAUGGGACAGGGGUGGGGUGACCAGGAAUGUGUAACAUUAAUGCUAGAAUAAUGACUUGUAGUAAUAUUUUGGACCUCAUGUUUUGAUAUAUGUGUAAUAUUUAGGUUAUCCUGAUAUAAGAAUGUUGUAGCUAGGUUGGUACGAGUUACACAUGACCAAGAAUAUUCAAUAAAGUGUGAAUUUUCCAAAAUUCCAAGUGAAUUUAACGUUUUAGGCCAAAACAGCCAAUCUGCUAACAUGACCCACUUGGAGUAUUUUUCCAUCUUUGCUAGUGUGGUCCAAAAUGUGAAAUUAAUUGUGACGUGUGAAUUGGAGUAGAUUAAAAAUUAAUGCCCAAGUAUUGCUGACUUGGCAACAUUUCCAGUUCUGCUAUUUUGUCCACGAAUUUGAAAUUAAUUUUCAAUUACUGACAAGCCACACUUUAGUGAAUAACGCUCUAAAUCUUCCCCACGGUAUGGGCAAGGCUAUUCCUUGUUGGGAUAACCUGCAGCCAUUUUGUGUUGCUGACAGGAGCAGAUGUUGCCCAAGCCUGGUGAGGGUCAGGUCUCCCCUUUGUGGGAUGCUUAUUUCUUGGAGGAGCAGCUAAGGCUACAGCAGGACAGAGCGAUCUUUGAGGAUCAAAAACGGGCCUUUCAGUAUGAGCGAGAGAAGUUCACAGAGGCUGCAAUUCGCCUGGGACGAGAGGUAACCGUACAAAUUUGAUUAACUCUGCUGAUUUCCAAUUCUAGAAUUGCCAAUAACCUCUGACUCUUGCUCCAUAGCGUCUCCAGUUUAAGGCCGACCAGGCUCUCUUUGUGAAGCAGCAAUUCCUGACUAUGACACCAGGGCUGGAAACUCCAUCGUGGAAAAAGACCCCACCCUGGUCUUCAGCAGGUUAGUGUCUACAUCCAUUGUAACCAGCUAUUGGUGGGUGGUGGCAUCUGUGUCUUCAUAUGUACUCAAGUCAGCUUUCAUAAUCUAGUUGCAGUCUUUGGAUAGACUCUUCCUUUUUGACUUGUGUCCAGAACCUCAACCACAAAAAUAUUUCUAAUGAAAGGGAAGAACAAUCUUUGCAGGCUUUGGUAAAGUGAAUUUAAGGUGUAAUUCAUACCUCCAAGCUCCAUGAGAAUCUAAGGUCCAUAUGGUGUAGAGAUGUGAGAUGUGAGAUCCAGAAAUUCCUCUACACCUUGAGUUGAUUUUUAACAUCUGAUUUAAAGAGGAAUGGAAAGUUGAAAAAAAAUAGAUCCAUUUACCAGAAUUGUAUCUGAAAUUGUUUAAUGUGCUAUAUGCUUAGAUCCUAAUCUUUCAUUAGGUCUGCACAGAAAAAAACAAACCUUUAAACUUUAUCCCAGAAUUGGCAUUGAGAAGCAAAUUUUCUUUGGUUCGAUUAUAAGAAUACUGGUUGUGCAGAGUAGAAUGCCAUACCGUCCAAGCCACCAUUUUAGAUACAUUGGACAUGACUCAAAAUUUCCACACUCCAAUAGCAUGUAGAAAUUCGCCCCUGGUGAGUGUGCCAUGGACCAUCCAGAUUUGCCGUGGUGAGUAACCUGGUCUGGCUAGUAGCGCAGGACUGUACAUUUUAAGCCUUGUUAAAGGAAAAUGCUCAUCAAAAUGCUCAUCAUUUUGUACGUUUUGAAAAUAAAAUUAAAUAUAUAUAUUUUUUUCCUGUUUUUAAUAACACAAAAAUUCCUUGUUACUCGCACUACCUGAGCCUUAUGCUCACUCCGGUUGUCUCUACCCUUUAAACCUAUUCAAUAUCUGAGCAUUACGCAAUGAAUGACUGACUGGUUUUCUUUUCUUCAGCUCCUGGUACACCCAGGGCAACUUCUCAGAUCUUUAAGAACUUCACCCCCAACUGGUCCUGUGUCAGCAACUCCCGGCGCAAAAGGGGUGACCCUGUCACGCCCUCCACUGCAGAGCUCUACCGAGUACUGAGACUGGCUCCUCCCAGCAGGUAUUUCUACACAGCGCAGCCCCCUCUGGGGUGGGAUCCUAGUAAUAUCUGUAUUUAUACAGCUCCUUUCUAUUACAUUAUACACAGCGCGGCCCCCUCUGGGGUGGGAUCCUAGUAAUAUCUGUAUUUAUACAGCUCCUUUCUAUUAUAUUAUACACAGCGCAGUCCCCUCUGGGGUGGGAUCCUAGUAAUAUCUGUAUUUAUACAGCUCCUUUCUAUUACAUUAUACACAGCACAGCCCCCUCUGGGGUGGGAUCCUAGUAAUAUCUGGAUUUAUACAGCUCCUUUCUAUUACAUUAUACACAGUGCAGCCCCCUCUGUGGUGGGAUCCUAGUAAUAUCUGUAUUUAUACAGCUCCUUUCUUUUACAUUAUACACAGCGCAGCCCCCUCUGGGGUGGGAUCCUAGUAAUAUCUGUAUUUAUACAGCUCCUUUCUAUUACAUUAUACACAGCGCAGCCCCCUCUGGGGUGGGAUCCUAGUAAUAUCUGUAUUCAUACAGCUCCUUUCUAUUACAUUAUACACAGCGCAGCCCCCUCUGGGGUGGGAUCCUAGUAAUAUCUGUAUUUAUACAGCUCCUUUCUAUUACAUUAUACACAGCAUAGCCCCCUCUGGGGUGGGAUCCUAGUAAUAUCUGUAUUUAUACAGCUCCUUUCUAUUACAUUAUACACAGCGCAGCCCCCUCUGGGGUGGGAUCCUAGUAAUAUCUGUAUUUAUACAGCUCCUUUCUAUUACAUUAUACACAGCGCAGCCCCCUCUGGGGUGGGAUCCUAGUAAUAUCUGUAUUUAUACAGCCCCUUUCUAUUACAUUAUACACAGCGCAGCCCCCUCUGGGGUGGGAUCCUAGUAAUAUCUGUAUUUAUACAGCUCCUUUCUAUUACAUUAUACACAGCGCUGCCCCCUCUGGGGUGGGAUCCUAGUAAUAUCUGUAUUUAUACAGCUCCUUUCUGUUACAUUAUAAUGACUGUUUUUUUUGUCUUUUUUUCUACAGAUCUAUUUUGAGAAGUAUUUUAAUUAAAUUGGUUCUUAAAUUCUAAAGUGACUAGUUUCUAAUUUAUUGAGAUACUAUUUGACCAAGUUAAACUAGUUAGUUUUUACAUAAUUCUCACAUAUAGAAUAAGAACAUCCACACUAUGUUUGCAUGGCUCCCAGCAGCCCCUCUUUAAGCAUCCAGGAACACCAGAGAAACAAGUUCUGCAACUUCAGAGAGCACUUCAGCUGCAUGCUUGUGCAAGCAGAGAGUCAGCCGGGAAGCAGUUUGUUGUCUUGGCAUGCUCGACGCCAGGCUGACAUGCCCCCUUCAGUGGGAAAGCACUCGCGUUACCCACACAGGGCAGCACAUUGUGGGUGUUACCAGCGACACAAGUUGCAUCACUAAAAAAAAGCCCCCUAGAAAGCCCAACCACAUGUCCUGAUUACACACCUGCCAAUUAUUGAAAGGUAUAUGCAUGUGUUUAAUCAAAUUUGACUAAAUCAAGUUGAGUAAAAUUUUUAUUAAUAGUUAAAAAAAUAAAGUUCCAGUAGUUUUGUGGACUUAAAUAAAUACUAGGGUUAACCUUCUUCUUUCUAAGGUCUGUAUUGAUGUCCCAAAGACGCGAACGAAGAUAUCGGAAAAGUGAUUCUGAAGCAGAUGAGACCAGGAGUGACAGCUUGUCCUCAAUGAGUGAAUGUGAGUAGAAAUACGAUUUUUUUUCCCUCUUGGAGACUUGCAUACGCUUGUCUGGUUCAUCUAAUUUGAUUUUUUUUUUUCCCUUAAGCACCAGGGCCACGCAUCAGACCCCGAUCAGCAAAGCCAGUCAAAUUCAGCAUGACUCCCUACCUUUGCCCUAGACCAACCCCUUUGUCUGUGCCACGUCAUCAUGUGGACCCAGACAUGCCAAGCUCCGAGGAUCUUUACCGGGUCUUGGGAAUAGCCUCUACUGGAAGGUAAAAGCAUGACCAGUGUUGGAAGAUAUUGGGGUGAUUUACAAAAAUUUAUGCAUUUGCAUCAGCUUUUGUGCACACGCUCUAUUUUGUUACGUGUAACUGUUACUAUAAGCUUUAUACACUUGUGACUGUUCUUAUGUAAUGCCUAGAAAUAAUCCUUUCUGAUUUUUUUUUAUUGUUCUUUAAUAUUUCUUUGCAUCAUUUCUUUACCAUUGAUUUAAUUCCCAAAAUAAGACCAAUUAGUCAUCUUGAAAAAGAAGAAAAAAAGGGUUACAAAAAAGGAUUUUAUUUACUUAUCUUGCCCAGUGCACAUGUAAAAUUCAGUUAUUAAUGUGGGAGAAGGGGUAAUUUUAGUUUUAGUGAGUGUAAGGACACAAACUUAAAUCCUAGUUGAAUCCAUCUGUGAGCAUUGUCAAAGCUAGUGUUUGUGACCCCCUGACCCAUGGGAAGGGAGGUGGGGGUGGGCGACAGUAAAACAUAAACCGACCAAUACAAAAAGUAAAGACAAUGUAUGUGAGCUGAAGCCCUUUUUAUACAGAACCAUCUGAGCUUACAAUCUAAAGUAUUUUAAUAAAAUAUAUUUAAUGGGCACUCUAUGCGCCAAAACUACGACAGAUGAGUAGAAUUUAUAUUGUUCUGGGGGUCUAUGGGCACUGUCUCCUUAUCCUAUUAUUCAUGUAGCUUUAACAAGCAGUUAAAUAAAAUAAGUCCUGGAUCUCUGUGAUCUUACUUUGUGGGGAAACCAUAUACUGGGAGAUUCAAUAAUAGGUGAUGUGAUAUUAAAAUGUUGACUUAAUAUGUCUGUCUACAUCUUGUAGGGCAUCAUCCAAACACAGAAGGCGUGAGAUGAAGAACUCUCUGCGAGAGCAACUCUACGAGGGAACACCAUCUGUAUUUUGCCAAGAGAAUUCCAAGACAUUUAAUAUGGCAUGUGAGAGAACUAGAACCAGUUGUGAGACAGAUUCUCUGUAUUCAGAGGAUUCACCUCCAUUUGAAAGGAUAUCCUCCCCCAGGGAUGACUACAAAGCAGUACCAACACAUGCUCCGUGUAAAGCAUCACAAGUUCGAACCCAAACGCAUUCUGAAGAACAUCACCAAUGUGAUGAAGAUAUCACACAUUACAGUGGUAUCCCACAGUUGUACAUGACUGAUCACAGAGAUGGUGUCCAUUUUUGGCUGGGUAACGAGAAUUCACAUGGAGCAAUUGAAAUAUGUAGAAAUCAUUCCAGAGAUACUUUUCAUCCUGGAGAGGGCUACAUGGAAGGUCUUAACCUGCGGCAUAGAGAGGAGUUAAAGGAGAACAUUCCUCCAGAAAUUGACUUCACUGCCCAGGAAAACGAGCUUUAUUACCAUAAACAUGGCGAUAGAAGCAGCUCAAGGAAGACUCGCCAGCCUAGAUCUAGCCGCACAAGUCGGUCAAGAGAAACUCUGAAUCAAGAACAUAUUUCAAGGAGCAGGUCAAGGGACACCCAACCUUGUAAAGAGUGUUUCUCUGAGUACAGACGUCUAUCUUGUCAUGACAAAAACUCCUUGUCCUUCUCGAGCCAUAAACGCGCUGCCCAACACUUAAGACGCUCGUGUCCUUCCAAUCGUGACCGUGGAUGUUGGUCUAAAACUUUUACUACACCCCACCUGCGUGCAGACCUGCUGGACCAGUUUGUGGACUGCUCUAUGUAACCAUUGGUUAAUCUUGUGAAAGUUGUACUAUCUUUAGAGCAUACAGACCACAUGUUAACACACACAAUUUAUUCAUUAUUUUCUUAAUCCUAACCCUCCAAUAGCUGGGUUCUGGUCUAUAUAAGUAUUGUCCACUGAAUUAGAUCACUUUAUCGCUAUCCUUUACAUGCACAUUGCUGUGUUUUUUCUUUUCCCCUGAAGAUAUUAAUGUUUUGUUAAUGAAUACAUAUUGCACCAUAUUUAUUCCUGCACUUGCAUCCUGUAGUAUCACAU